GAUAUUUAUUCAACUGCGUGGUAUAACCAAAAAAAAAAGAAACACUAUUCGACUCUUUUUUUGUUUUUGUAAUAAACAUAAAAUAAAUUUUGGAGAGAGAUAUUUCGUCGGAAAUUAAUUGACGUUCAAAAGAUUCGUUACCGGAAUAUUUAGUAGAGGCGGCGAUCGAGUUAUGGCGGAUAUUUGUUAUGAAGACGAGACGUCGGCUUGUGAAUCAAGACCGUUGUGGUCUAGCCGGAAGUGGAGGAUCGGUGUCCAGCGAUUCAGGAUGUCUCCGUCGGAGAUGAAUCCCACGGCGUCGACGACGGAGGAGGAGGAUAAAUCUGAAGGGAUUUAUAAUAAGCGAAAUAAACAAGAAGAGUACGAUUUUAUGAACUGUGCAUCGUCGUCACCUUCUCAAAGCUCUCCUGAAGAAGAGAGUGUAUCACUUGAAGACAGUGACGUCUCUAUCUCCGAUGGAAAUUCAUCGGUUAAUGAUGUUGCAGUUAUUCCGUCGAAGAAGACGGUUAAAGAGACGGAUCUGAGGCCGAGAUACGGCGUCGCAUCGGUGUGCGGGAGAAGAAGAGAUAUGGAAGAUGCGGUUGCGUUACAUCCGUCUUUUGUACGGAAACAAACGGAGUUUUCUCGAACAAGAUGGCACUAUUUUGGUGUUUACGACGGCCAUGGCUGUUCUCACGUUGCGGCUAGGUGUAAAGAGAGACUUCACGAGUUAGUGCAAGAAGAAGCGUUGUCGGAUAAGAAAGAAGAAUGGAAGAAGAUGAUGGAGCGUAGCUUCACACGUAUGGACAAAGAGGUUGUUCGUUGGGGUGAAACUGUGAUGAGUGCUAAUUGUAGGUGUGAGCUUCAAACGCCGGACUGUGACGCUGUUGGAUCCACCGCCGUUGUCUCCGUCAUUACGCCGGAGAAGAUCAUUGUUGCGAAUUGCGGUGACUCAAGAGCAGUUCUUUGUAGGAAUGGUAAAGCAGUACCUCUUUCUACAGAUCAUAAGCCUGAUCGUCCGGAUGAGCUGGAUCGAAUCCAAGAAGCAGGAGGACGAGUGAUAUACUGGGACGGUGCAAGAGUCUUAGGCGUUUUAGCCAUGUCACGAGCCAUAGGAGACAAUUAUUUAAAACCGUACGUCACUUCGGAGCCGGAAGUGACGGUUACGGAUCGGACUGAGGAAGAUGAGUUUCUGAUUCUAGCGACGGACGGGCUAUGGGACGUAGUGACGAACGAGGCAGCGUGUACGAUGGUGCGCAUGUGUCUCAACAGAAAAAGUGGUCGUGGAAGACGGCGAGGAGAAACACAGACUCCGGGGAGGAGGAGUGAAGAAGAAGGGAAAGAAGAAGAGGAGAAGGUGGUGGGGUCAAGAAAGAACGGGAAGAGAGGAGAGAUCACGGACAAAGCAUGUACGGAGGCGUCAGUAUUGCUGACGAAGCUGGCGUUGGCAAAACACAGUAGUGACAACGUAAGCGUCGUCGUUAUUGAUCUCAGAAGAAGAAGAAAGAGACACGUUGCUUGACACUAAUCUCCUCAUCACUCUUACUCCACCGUUUUUUGUGUUGUUUAAAAUGAUUCUUUUACCUUGGGACGAAGGUAGCUCAAAUCUUUGAACCCAAAAGAGAGAAAAAAAAAGCAUUAGGUCUAAAAAAAAAACCCCGGUUUACUGAAAGCGGUUAAACCGGGUAUGGUUGGGUCUUUUUUGUUCUGAACCUUUUUUUCUUGCCUUUUUUCGGUGUGUAAUGAACAAACAGAAAAGGAAGCCGGAAUGUGUCACUGUCUAGGUGGAAUCAGUUCAGAAUUCAAUUAAUAAAAAAGUAUGUAUAUGUUUUCUUGGCUUUUAAAGCAAACCAAUUAACUCGGAUACGCGUGGUGAUCUUUGAGAACAUCACCGGGAAUUUUCAGUUUGUUGAUAAAGAUUUUAAAA